UGGUAGAAUAAGAGCUUUGGAGAGGAAUAAGCUCACAAAGAAGACCUUAGAACUGGCCCAGCAGUACUUCUUGCCCCCAUAUGCUUUCCAGAUCCGAGUCGGUGCUCUGUACCUUUUGUAUGGGCUCUAUAAUACACAGCUUUGUCAGCCAAAACAAAAGAUCAGAAUUGCACUCAAGGACUGAUUUUUGCAGGACCUGAUAGACUCUGAGCAUUAUGAUGCAGCAUAUAUCUUCAGGACACUGCGGCUCGCCAGAGCAUUCCAUUUCACAGCAAUGCCAAAACUACUGAACUACAGAACUAAGAAGAAGGUUGAAGAAAAUGACUUUAAAGAAGAAUUUAAGGACCCAAGUAACAGAGUAAACAGCCUCAUCACUAAUGAUGUAUUGGAGGAACUGAUGAAUAUUCAUGAGCACUAUCAGAAAAUGAAGUGUGUCAUUUCAGCUGACAAAUCCCAGCCAGACAAGGCCCUGAGCUUGAUAAAAGAUGACUUUGUAGUUAAUCUUAAGGACAUAACUGUGGAACAUCAGGAAUGGCAGCAGAACAGAAUGAAAUUAUUCCUAAAUGCUAAAGAAACUGAUGAAGUAGAAAACAAAAAGAAAGAAGAGGCUUUGCUAGACUCAGAGGGUUCUGAAAGGGCAAAUGCCUUGGCUAGAAUCAAAUACAGGUCUUACUCUGCAGUUGCUGAGACUUCCAAAUCCAGAAGACAUCGACAGGUAAAAUUAGAAUCUUCAGAAUCAGGAUCGAAUUAUGUCAAGUCUCCAAGCCGAAGUAAGAAAACCAGUAUGAGACCACAACCAGCAAGGAGAGGUUCUUCAGAAGCCAGAGGUGAAACUGUUACUCAGCAUAUUGGGAUGCCUGUAAUCACAGAGGACUUGGAUGAAGAAG